UUUAUUUGAAUUAACUCCAAACUCAACAACGUUUUGUGUUCGUGCUACGCCAUGGUAACAUAAAAAAAAAACUGUUAUCAUUCCUAUAGUAUCAGUCAGCCACCAGCAAUGUUGGUUGAGUGAAGGAAUCUUAUUCUUGGACCUGCUUCAAAAUUAUUCGUGUAAAAAAAAAAUCAUAAAACCCUCUCGAGAUGACUGCCAAAAUCACACCAAUCGAACGACCCACACUGGAAUCGAUGUUCACCUCCUAUGCCAAAUACCGACCGACAUCGAACACGUUCCAGGGUGACGGCAAGCGAAUGCUGUUAUCGCAGAGCGACGCCUGGAUGCAGCAAGCCCGGCUCAUCGGGGAGAAACGGUUCUUCACCCUCACCGAGACGGCGGUAACAUUUUUCAAGUUUGGGAAAUCAUCGUUGGACUUUGAGGAGUAUCAGAAAUUUUUGGAAAUGCUUUGUCAAACCAAGGGCAUCGGCCUGGAGGAAGUCAAGAGCUGCAUGACUGGGUGUGGUCCCCCUGGAAUGGUUUCCUGACAGUUUGGAAGCCACACGCUGAUUGCGUAUCUGAAUCACGUGAUUGGAGAAAUUAAUUGAAGACCGAUUAUUAUGGAAAUGUUUUCAAUAAUAAAAUCGGCAGUGAAACGAGUGUUGAUACCAUUAAAUUGACCUUCCUGUUUAAAAUUUUUAUUUGCCGAAAUAAUUGACCAAAUAAAC